AUGGCUCCACCUGAUGACCAAAACCAUGAAGCUAGUGACGGUGAGCAAGAUGUUGCAAAACAAGAGCAAAAAAUUUGUCAACUUGAGGCGUUGAGAACGAGUACCAAAGGCAACAUCACCCGGAUGAAAACUUUGAUAUCCAAGAAGGGAAUGAGCUUAUCAUCGGAAGAACUCAAUUGUAGGCUGAGUAUGCUGGAAGAUUAUUUUAAGAAAAUAAUUAAAGUGCAAGAUGAAAUUGACAAGAUAAGUCAAAGUGGCGAAGUUGCUGGUAAUGAAACAAUAACAGCAGAAAUAGAGGACAUUUAUGUGGCCACAAAGUCUAAAAUAAUGUCUUUACUAUCAAAGAUGCAUCAUGCAGUUGCUGAUGUUAGCAUGAUGAAUACUACAGCAUCAUUUCCAGCAGUCCCUAGAGUUCGUCGGGAGGAUGAAAUGUUCGACAAUUGUGAACGAUUUUUAAUUUUGAAAGAGCAUUUGGGCUCCCGGCCACUGUCGGCGAUAGCAGAUUUUGAUGUCACUGAUGAUAAUUAUCCAAAGGCACUCGAUAGGCUGAAAGAGUGCUUCGAUAAGAAGGCUUUGAUGUUCGAGGAACAUAUUAAUUCACUGUUUGCUAUCCCGAAAUCAACAAAAUCUUCUGCAACUCAUCUGAGACAAGUGUUAGAUGCUGUAAAUGCACACUUGAGUGAUAUGCUGUCAUUGGGCGACUUCAAGGACGUCGCGAAUGCAAUGUUGAUCCAUAUGGUAAUGGAGAGAGUGGAUGUAGAUUCUCAAGUUAAGUGGGAGGAAUCAGUGGACUAUAGCAAACUGUCGUCAUGGGAUGAAUGUUCUGCUAUUUUGACAAGACGUUGUCAGAACCUUGAAGCUCGAGAAUCUAAGUUGGGUCAAGUAAACCCAAAAGCUGAAAAUUCUGAAAAAGGUUAUAAAAAGAAACGUUGCAACUAUACUGCACUUUCUGUUGCAAAAUCUAACUGUACAGUAUGUUAUGGCAGUGGCCACGAUUUGCAGGAUUGUAACAAAUUUAAAAAGAUGUCUAUCAAUGAGCGCUAUACUGCCGCACGAAAAGCAAAAAUAUGUUUUAGAUGUCUAAAAAGGGGACAUUUACAUAUAAAUUGUACUGCUGCGAAUUGUUGCAAAUGUAACAAACCUCACCAUCAACUUUUACAUAAAGAAUUCGGUUCAGAGGUGAAUGCAGAAAUCUCCAAUGAUUUGCCAACGACUUCAUAUCAAGGUACUGCUCAGGCAUCAGUGAUGAAUGUGACAGCUGAACUUGGUGCUUUUCUUGCAACUGCUAUUGUCAUGGUAAAAGGUGCUUCGAGUAAAUACCACCGGGCUCGUGCCAUAUUAGAUUCAGGUUCUCAAGUAAACCUGAUGUGUGAAAAUCUUGCUCAGAAGCUACAACUUCAAACAAAGCCCUGCAGACUGGAUGUAAAUGGGGUCGGAGAUGUUGCGACUGUAUUUAUGAAACAGACGAUGACUAAAAUUAAAUCAAGGAUAAAUGAAUUCGAAGUUGGUUUGGAAUUUUAUAUUUUACCAAAAAUUACAAGCUCAAAACCGGAUCAAUAUGUCGACGUAUCUGGUUGGAAUUUACCCAAAAAUAUAUCUCUUGCUGAUACAACGUUUAAUAUACCAUCGCGAAUAGAUAUAUUAAUUGGAGCUGAAAUCUUCUUCGAUUUGUUUUCAGUUGGUAAAAUUCAUCUUGUGAAUUCAUUGCCCGUACUUCAAAAAACCGUCCUAGGUUGGAUAGUUGCUGGUAAGACUAAAGAGUGCUUACUCCACGGAUAUAAACUGAACAACUUGUUGGUAAAUAGUGAAUAUUUGGAAGAUGAUUUAUAUAAUCUGGUUUCUAAUUUUUGGCAAAUUGAACAGAUAUCUUCUAAAUCAGAAUUUUUAACUGAAGAAGAGGAAAAAUGUGAGAGAAUUUUUAUGGAAACAGUAUAUAAGGAUGAUACUGGACGUUUCGUAGUUAAAAUUCCAUUCAAAUCAUCUGUGAACGAAUUAGGUAGUUCAUACCAUGCUGCUGAACGAAGAUUUUUGGCACUGGAACGAAAACUUUGCAAAGAUCCGUUAACAAGAGAAGGUUAUAAUAUGUUUAUGUGCGAGUACAUGUCCUUAGGUCACAUGACUGAGAUAAAAGAACAUAUUUCCAAAUUAAAAUAUUUUGCACCUCAACAGUAUGUGCUACGGCCUGAAUCUACAAGUACAAAACUUCGAGUUGUGUUCGAUUGCAGCUGUAAAACAGAUAGUGGUCUGUCACUCAAUGACGUCAUGAUGAAAGGUCCUCAAGUCCAAGAUGAUUUAUUAUCUAUAAUUCUGCGAUUUAGAUGUUACAAAUACGCAAUUACGGCAGAUGUAACAAAAAUGUACCGCCAGGCAUGGGUGACAGAUAAUGAUGCAAAUUAUCAAGCGAUUUUGUGGAGGUCUUCCCCUGAAGAGCAGUUAAAGGCAUAUCGAUUGCGGACCAUAACGUAUGGUACUACGUCUGCCCCCUAUUUGGCAACAAGGUGCUUAAAGAAAUUGGGUGAAGAUUAUGCAGUUGAAUAUCCGAUCGGAUCAAAAAAGAUUUUAUCCGAUUUCUAUAUGGAUGAUUUGAUCAGUGGAUCAAACGAUGAAAACGAAAUUUUUUAA